AUGAACUCAAACCCCACACCUACCGAGGGGCCUGGGGCAUCUCCCCCCGCAGAGCAUCCUCGAGCCACCAAACCUACCGAGGACCCCAAAGAACAUACCCGGACAGGCCACACCCGGGCAUUUCGCUUCAAAGAUGGGAGUCAGCCUCACCGAAAGCGGAAACACCGUCACAGAUCACGGACACGAGACAGUGAACCGUCCAAGCGACACCAUCGCGAGGACAAGAAGUCCGACCCGACAUACGAAAACUCCUUCAACUCAACAGCGGACACAUUCCGCGAGUCACUCUUCGACGCUCUCGGCGACGACGAAGGUGCCGCAUACUGGGAAUCCGUCUACGGCCAGCCCAUCCAUAACUACCGUGUCCCGGACGUACAACGCGGGCCGGAGGGCGAGCUAGAACAGAUGACGGAGGAGGAAUAUGUUGACUACGUACGUCGACGGAUGUGGGAGCGGACACGGGAGGGCAUGUUAGCCGAGCAGGAGCGGCUGCGGGCUGAGCGGCAGCAGAAAAGGAAGGAGGAGGCUCAGAGGAACGCGCAGUCUGGGAGGGAGGAGUUUGAACGUGCUAUGGACGAGAGUCUACGGCGAGGAGCGCAGCGCAAGAGAGCAAAGACUGAGUGGGGUGCACCCUGGGCUGAGUAUUUGGAGAGAUGGGAGACUAUUCGGAAGGUUGCGGAGGAAUCGGCUCCUAAGUCGCUGCGCAAUCUGCUCUUCUGGCCUGUUCGCUCUGGGAAGAGGGUUGAUGUUCGACCUCAAGCUGUUGAGGAGUUCAUGCGCCAUGCUCCGCCGCCGGCGGACCUGCUUGGUACGCUUAAAGCGGAGCGCAUUCGCUGGCAUCCCGAUAAGAUUCAGCAUCGCUAUGGCGCGUUAGGGAUUGAUGAUACUGUCAUGCGCAGCGUUACUGAGGUCUUCCAGAUUGUAGAUGGCUUGUGGAACGAGGAGAGAGAACGGCAGAAGUAA